UCAUUUUCUCUCUCAUGAGCGACUCGUGAGGUAGAACUCGCGCACUAGUUCUGCGAGUCCGCACCAAGUUUCUGACCUGGAAUAACGGCGACCGCCAACGAAAACAUCUAAAAGCGGAAAGGUUAACCGGCACGGGAAAGCGAAGAGGAGAUUUAAAGACAGACAGUGUAUAUUUCUCCAAAUACAGAACAAUGAGUCGCAGCAUUGUGCGCCAGAGUAAGUUCCGGCAUGUUUUUGGGCAGUCGGCAAAGGCGGAGCAGAGUUAUGAUGAUAUACGGGUGUCCAAGGUGACGUGGGACAGCUCCUUCUGUGCAAUUAACCCAAAGUUUUUGGCAGUUAUAGUGGAGUCCAGUGGAGGCGGAGCCUUCUUGGUAAUGCCUCUUUCAAAGAUGGGUCGAGUGGACAAAAACUACCCCCUUGUGGUUGGACACUCGGGGCCUGUUUUGGACAUUGACUGGUGUCCUCACAAUGACAACAUCCUGGCCAGCUGCUCUGAGGACACCACUGCCAUGGUAUGGCAGAUUCCUGACCACACCCCCUCUCGCCCCAUCAGUGAGCCCAUUGUAGUAUUGGAGGGCCACUCUAAACGGGUGGGCAUCAUCAAAUGGCACCCCACUGCCCGCAACAUACUCCUCACUGCAGGCAGUGAUAAUCUGAUCAUCGUCUGGAACGUGGGCACCGGAGAACCCCUGAUCACUAUGGAUGAGCAUCCCGACCUCAUCUACAACAUCAGCUGGAACUACAACGGCAGCCUGUUCUGCACCACCUGCAAGGACCGGCGUCUCAGAGUGUGUGAUCCCCGCAAAGGCGAGGUGGUGGCGGAGAGACUCGCCCCACAUGAGGGCAUCCGGCCAAUGAGAGCUAUCUUUACCAGAGAGGGCAACAUUUUCACAACAGGUUUCACCAGGAUGAGCCAGAGAGAGCUUGGCCUGUGGGAUCCGACUAAUUUUGAAGAGCCCAUUGCAUUACUGGAGCUGGACACAAGUAAUGGAGUUUUAUUGCCUUUUUAUGAUCCAGACACCAACAUUGUGUAUCUAAGUGGCAAGGGUGACAGCAGUAUUCGCUAUUUUGAGAUCACAGAGGAGCCUCCAUAUGUGCAUUACAUCAGCACAUACAGUAGCAAAGAGCCACAGAGAGGAAUGGGAUUUAUGCCCAAAAGAGGAGUGGAUGUCAGCAAGUGUGAAAUUGCCAGAUUAUAUAAACUCCAUGAGAGAAAAUGUGAGCCAAUCAUGAUGACAGUUCCCAGAAAGUCGGACCUGUUCCAGGAUGAUCUGUACCCAGACACCGCAGGUCCAGACCCAGCACUGGAACCUGAAGAAUGGUUAGAGGGACGAGAUGCAGACCCCAUACUAGUGUCAAUGAGAGAUGGCUAUGUUCCUCCAAAGAGCAGAGAGCUAAAGGUGGCCAAGAAGAACGUUCUAGACUCCAGGCCUGCAACACAUAGACGCAUGUCUGCAGUAGAUGGAAGCAGUUUGCCACCUCAGUUGUUGGAGAAGCUUGUUGAGGAGAUCAAAAGUCUGAAGGCCACAGUUCUUUCUCAGGAGAAGCGAAUCUGUGACUUAGAGAAUAAGCUGUCCAAGUAUACUAAUGGCACAGUUUAAACGCAUCAAUAAAGCUAACUUAGCCUAUGCACACUGACCAAUUCACUGCUAACCCAAACAACUAAAUUAUGAGCACUGAUAGGCCAAGCCACCCCAGAUAACCCCAGCUAUGAUUCUUUUUAUCCUAGUUAACACUGCAACUCUAGUUCCAUAACUGAACCGCCAUUUGACUUAAUAAAUCCCUAAUAGUUGCUGUUCCCAAAAUUAGGCAUUUUGGUAAUGUUUUGGAGCAUUAAAAGAUUCAUUUUACAAAGGCACUUAUGAUGUUAUCCUGCUGCUUUAUAGUAGUUCAGGUAAUACUGUGUGGUAGUACACAGUGUAAGUUAUAAUUCCUUUAAUGUUUAAGGAAUCAUACGUUUAUCAAGAGGCCUUUAUGACAGCUUUGUAAUAGUUAGGUAAAGGCUGCCUUCAUUUGAGGAAUUACAAAUGCUUGUAUGUACUUGCAGCUUUGUAACCUUAAAAUGUAGACAAAGAAUGAUAAAAGAAACGGAGCUGCAGCUUCCUGUAGUUAACAAUCACAAUUUCUUUGGUAGUCUAUGUGAACAUACCUCAUUGUAAAAACCAGGACCUGAGAUCAGAUAGUAGCAUAUGUAGCUUUUAUUUGGUCAGCUCUGGCCAAGCAAGAUCUAUGACAUUACUAUGAUAUGUCAGGACAUUAGUAAGCUCUGUAAGGGUACUGCACAUCACUUAUUGCCAUUUCAUAGUUCACACAAACGUGAAAAUUCUGACAUCAUUUACUCACCUAGUUCCAUGUAAUCAUGUAGUUCCAAAUGUAUGUUUAGGACAUGUUUAGCAGAAGGUUCAAAGAACUCUUUUCUAUACAAUGAAAGUGAAUGGGAACUGGGGCUGUCAAGCUUCAAAAAUGACAAAAGCAUUAUAAAGAACCAUAAAAUGGUCCAUAAGUUAGAGUAUAUUUGUGUUAAACAAAUAAAUAAAUCUAAUUUAAAUCUCAAAAGUAAUUCUCCUUUAUCUAUGUUCAAAUAUGGGCCUCAAGACAUAUUGUAGCUGGAUGAGACAUCAGUGUGUCAAACAUCAUUGGUGUAAUGUGCCUCCUGCCUGAUUGCGAUGCAACACAUUUGAAUGUUUUGAAUUGAACGCAAUGAGAUUUGAAAGCUGUGGCAGAAGAUUUUCAGCAUGUAACUACAAGUCAACUACUUUUUAGCACUUUUUGGAGCUUGACAAUCCUAUGCCUAUUCACUUUCCUUUUAUGUUAAAGAGCAACCUGGACAUUCUGCUAAAUAUCUCUUUUGGGGUUCCAUGAAAGAAAAAUAAUACAGGUAUGAAAUGAGGGGUGAAUAAAUGAUUAAAUCAGUUUCAUUUUUGGAAAUAUUCCUUUAAGUCAGUUGCCUAUGGCUUCAGAGCAAAUCUUUACACAUCAAUUCACACCUUUGUAUAAGCUAAAUCUAAUAAUCAAGGCCUACAUGACAAAAGGAUGUUUGCAUAGAGAGCAUGUCCCAAUUGUCCCUCCUCUUUGAGGAGUGCUUGCAUUAUUGGCUUUUACAAUGUUGAUAACCUGUCACUU